AUGCUCUGCAAGGAGGAAGCAGGGUUUAUCAAGAGUCUACGUGUGGUUCGUAAUAACGUCACCAACAGUAGACACGCCGACGGUCUUCCUGCUCGUCUUCUCGAACGUUACUCGAACCUCUACGUAGUUACGACGGAUCUGGAGACUGUGUUCAAGAACACGUCGCUUGAAGAUUUUUUCAUGUCCGGAUUAUGGCACAAGGGCACGCCUUGGCCGAUAAUACAGCUAAGUGACAUCUUGAGGGUCGCGCUGGUGUGGCGAUUCGGAGGCUUCUACACGGACAUCGACACGGUUUGCCUCAAGGACAUCUUUCCGCUGCAGAACUUUGUCAUCGGCGGCCAUUACCCCAGGAACCAAAUAGCAACGGAGCGUUUCACUUCCUGCACCACCAUCAGGUCAUGGAGGACUUAAUGACGAAGAUGAUCGAGGGAUAUAAACCAAGUCUGUGGGGAUCAAUGGGACCCUUCACGUGGACCAGAUACAUCAAGAAACUUUGCAAGAUACCAGACAUGCAGCACUUGUUUCCUGAUAACAGUUCGGAGCCCAUCAAGUGUGGCAACAUUUCCAUUCUCCCCGAAGAGUACCUACUGCCGUACCCAUGGUGGGAAUUUAAACAACUCUACGUACC